AUAAAAACCGCGAACAUUCACAUUUUGCGCUCCAAAACCAAAAGUCCAAAACCCACCACCAUGUUGGGGUUUUCGAUUUCGUUUCACGGCCAAGGUUGGUUUCCGUGGAUUUCAUUUUCGUGAAUCUGCCAACGAACUGAGCGAACAAUUUGUCCCUCGUUGCCACAAAUCCCUAAAACAAAAUAGGGUUUUCCAAUGGCAAAGCGAAGCUGCGUCGUUGUUCUGUCAUCUGAUGAUGAAGAUGCUUCCAACGUUAGUUCAUCGAAUUCGAGACGCAGAAAUGCGAAGAACAAGUCCACAUCCUCUCGCGGAAAGAAGAGAGCUCGUGGUUCCGCUUCUCGCUCUCGCCUCUCCAAACUGCAUGAGAUAGACUUAUUUGGGGACGAUUUCAAUGAAGUGUUUACUGGGUCAAAGGUAUCCGCUGGUACUCAAAGGAGUUAUUCAGAUGAGCUAUGGGUGGAUAAAUACAAGCCCCAUUCACUGGAUGAGCUUGCUGUUCACAAGAAAAAGGUUGAAGAAGUUAAGAUGUGGUUUGAGGAGAGGCUGAAACCAUCAAAGGCUGGCUACAGUAAUAAUGUUCUUGUCAUCAGUGGGCAAGCAGGAAUUGGAAAAUCCACAGCUAUUCAUGUAAUUGCAUCUUAUCUGGGAGCAAUAGUUUAUGGGUGGAACACGCCUACACCUGUAAUUUGGCAAGAACAUCUUCACAAUUCGGGCACAGGGACACAAUACACAUCAAAGUUGGAUGAAUUUGAAAGUUUUGUUGACAGAGUACGGAAAUAUGGAUUAUUGCUGAAUUCCCAUUCUGGGGAGUCAAAGCCUUCCAUCAUACUUUUAAUAGAUGAUCUUCCCAUGAUUAAUGGGAAACCUGCUUUUGGAAGAGUUAAAGAUUGCUUGCACCUUUUAGUGAAUUCAAUUCAAAUACCCACAGCAAUAUUGUUCACGGACUACGGCAAUGCUGAUUCAGCAGAUUAUAAUGCUCGUUGCCUGGAAGAACUGAAGCUAUCUCUAGAGAGUUCUGGGGCUUGUAAGGUUGCAUUCAAUCCAAUUACAGUGAAUACUAUGAAGAAGAUACUUUUUAGAAUAUGCCAAAUGGAGCAUUGUGAUGUGACUGAUGAGCAUGUUGAUCUAAUAGCAAAAACAAGUGGAGGUGACAUCAGACAUGCAAUUACUUCUUUACAGUUUUUCUGUGUAAAACCAACUCUUGUGCAUUCUUUGGCCCCGCCUACCUGCUCUCGUGGUGCAUUGAAAGAGGAAAGUACUAAACCUGUUAGAUCAGAUGAUGGAUAUUCCUUGCACUUUGGCAGAGACGAGACAUUAUCUUUAUUUCAUGCCUUGGGGAAAUUUUUGCACAAUAAAAGGGAGACUGGAGUUGCAACAGAAUAUGAUCAAGAUGGAUUUCUUAUACGAGAAAGACUUUCAAGAUUACCACUAAAAAUGGAUGUCCCUGAGAAGAUUCUUUGUCAAGCCCAUGUGCAACCUGGUCCAGUUGCUGAUUUUCUGCAUGAAAAUGUUCUGGAUUUUUUGAAUGACGAAGCAAUAGAUGAUGCAUGGACUUUGUCUUCAUAUCUAAGUGAUGCUGACAUUCUUCUUGCUAAACAUCGGGGAAUGCUAUGUAGUUAUAACGAGGCAGAGAGUGUUUUACAGUCAGCUGCUGCAUCCAUAUCUGUUCGGGGCGUGCUUUUUGGAAAUUCUCAUCCGCUAUCCUCCAGGUGGCAUGCAAUUCGGCGACCACAACUCUGGCAUGUUGAGAAAGCAUCACUAUACAAGAAUGAGGUGGAUAGGCUCAGAAUCCCUGCCUGUAGACGGUUUAGUUCUUAUCAUACGUCAAUUAUGGCCACUGAGUACAUGCCCAUGCUUAAAUUGCUUGGAAAUAGAGCAUGUGAUGACUUGGAAAUGGAAGAUUUUGAUUUUGACAAAAUGGAUUUAGAUGAACAAUCUAGGGGGACUUCCGAUGAUGACAUAGAAGAUUGGUAGGUAUGCAACGUGUAAUAUAUAUGUGGUUGUUCAGUUUGCAGAUCUCCCUUUAAUGCAUCUAGUGUUAGGACACUUCUCAACCCCAUUUCCUCUAUCAUUGAUUGGGGCUGAAGCAUUACAAAGGAAACGGCCAGUUUUUGUGAGUUCUGAUGCAUGCUUGAUUACAAUCAGAAUUGGUACUCAAACCUUGAUUGGAUGAUGGAUUUUGGGAAACAAGUGCUUAGUGAAAAAAUGUGUCGUUGUAAAUAUUUACUGUUACUUAAAAAUAUUUUUAUAUUAAUCAGUGUUGGAGUGCUAUACGCACUUUUGACUCCUCUAUAGAUGUUUGGUACGAGGUAGUAGCAAGUUGGGGAAAAUUAGUUGGCAACAAUUAUAGUAAGUCAGAGGGGAUCAAUCAAAGUUUGUAAGAAAAGGGGAAGAAGACUCAUUCCCCUUUUACCCGUCAUUCAAUACAAUUGUUCAAUUUCUUGUUUUUAUCAUUUUUGACAAAUGGUUUGACGACAUGCUCCAUCUGACGGGGUGAAAAAAAUGGAGGAUCAGGUGGUGUUGAAGAAAGAGACCAAUUUGUUGCAUUUAGGGGUGACAACCAUAAGGAUUGUAUAAUUUUAGCUCAUGAUAUAUGCACUUUUAUUUUUAUAA